GACGUGUGAUUUGCAGACCUUUUGAUUUUUGACGCAAUUUCAGUCACACAAGAGUUGCUUUUUUUCUCUUUUUUUUUUUUUUUCUAAAAUUUAUUCGCAAUUUUAUCCAUUUUUGGGAUUCGCCGACAACCGCCAAAUCUCUGCAAUUCAAAGCUCCCCCUACCUGGAAUCCGUACAUUUCAGUAUCAGCAAGUUGUUGCAUGAGAAGCAUAAAGCUGUUUUCUUUUGCCUGAUGCACUCCAGUUUUUAAGCCUCAGAACUUGGGAUUGUUCAAAUGUCAGAAGGUGACAUGACUGUUAUUAAACCUGAGAUGAUGAAGUCUUAUAUCUGGCUUCAGACUACCGACGGUUCAAUCCAACAAGUGGAACAAGAGGUUGCCAUGUAUUGCCCUAUGAUAUGCAAAGAAAAUAUACAGAAAGGGAUGGGAGCUUCCAAGAACCAUGCAAUAUCUCUUCCUGAAAGAGUCAGUACUGCAAUGUUGAGCUUAAUUCUUGAUUACUGCCGGUUUCAUCAAGUACCAGGUCGCUCGAACAAGGAAUGCAAGGCUUUUGAUGAAAAAUACAUCCGAAUGGACACCAAGUUGCUCUGUGAGUUGACUUCAGCUGCUGACAGCCUCCAAUUAAAACCAUUGGUGGAUCUUACUAGUCAUGCUCUUGCACGAAUAAUUGAAGGGAAAACACCUGAGGAGAUACGUGAAAUAUUUCAUCUCCCUGAUGAUCUUACAGAGGUCUCCGAUGCUUGAGAUAUCUGUGUAUGCUUAGCAAAAACUUGGUGUUUCUUUGUUGUUUUUAA